UGCUGAUUCGCAAUCGCUAACAACAGAGCAAUUAGGCCCGAUGAGUGAGUUUCAGGGGGAAGAAGCAUCACAGACGCAGCCAAAUUCAGAUAAUGGACAAUAAAAGUAAAGCGAAUUAAAGAAAUAUAUGUAUAUAUAUAUUUCAAAGUUACGGUUACAGAAACUUUUUGUGUGUGGUUUUUGGAUUCUUCUCACUCAUUAUCCUUAAUUGCCUGCCUCUCUCUUGCUGUAUAUAUUGGGGGGAGGGAAUAAUAGAGUACCAUAUCUUGCGCCGCAUGUUGGUCUCUUUGGAUGUUAUUGUUAUUUUUGAUCAUCGGAACCAACGCCUGUGGGUUGUUUGAAAAUGUCCCAGAAGAGGCAACAAGAGGAUGGAAAGGCCAAAGCAGCAGAAGGGAAUAAUCCAGAGGACAAGCGGAGGAAAGUUUUUACUUUCGAAAGUGUGGUUCAGGAUGUUAUGAAGAUACGCUCUGUCCAGCGUUUACUGGAGCCAGCUUUUGAGCCCCUCAUUCGCAGGGUGGUAAAAGAGGAAGUUGAAUCGGCUCUAAAAAAAUAUUUGGUCGGCCUCAAAUGGACUAGCGGAAAAGAGAUGCAUACUCCUGAAUCAAGAAGCUUACAACUGAAGUUUGUAAAUAAUCUUUCUCUUCCUGUGUUCACCGGGGCUCGAAUUGAUGCAGAUGAUUCUAACGUAAAAGUAGCUCUUAUUGAUACUUUUACUGGGCAAAUUGUUACCUCUGGUCUCGAAUCCUCUGCCAGGGUGGAAAUUGUAGUUCUUGAGGGUGACUUUGAUGGUGAUGAGGCUGACAAUUGGACAGCUGAAGAAUUUAAGAAUAACAUUGUGAGAGAGAGAGAAGGAAAGAAACCUCUUCUUACAGGAGAUCAAUAUUUUACUCUCAAGGAGGGAAUUGGUUUGGUGGGUGAAAUUUCAUUUACAGAUAAUUCAAGCUGGACCAGGAGCCGGAGGUUCAGACUGGGGGCAAGAGUAGUGGAUAACUCAGAUGGAAAUAGAAUAAGGGAAGCAAAGACAGAAUCCUUCACUGUUAGGGAUCACCGAGGGGAAUUAUACAAGAAGCACCACCCACCUUCCCUGUCUGACGAAGUAUGGAGAUUGGAAAAGAUUGGCAAAGAUGGGGCUUUCCACAAGCGUUUGACUCGAGAAAAUAUCCUGACCGUCAAGGAUUUCUUGACCUCACUCAUAUUAGACCCUGCAAGGCUUCGACAAAUCCUUGGCACUGGUAUGUCUGCUAGGAUGUGGGAAGUUACCGUGGACCAUGCUUGGACAUGUAUACUUGAUAAGAGCACAUUCUUGUAUAGCCCACCUGGUUCUCAACAGAAAUCUGGUGUGGUCUUUAAUGUUGUGGGGCAAGUGAUGGGAUUACUUUCAGAAUGCCAGUAUGUUCCCAUUGAUAGGCUGUCUGAAACCCAAAAGGCUGAAGCUCAAAACCUGGUACUUACUGCAUAUAAACAUUGGGAUGAAGUUACAUCUUUUGAGGAUGAAGCCUCUCUCAUGGGUUCCCCGUCGCAAUUAACUAAUGCUUUUUGCACAUCAAGCUCUCCCAUGACUGGCAAUUCUAAUGAGAGCAAGACUUUGGCUUCUCAGAAGAUGGGCGGAUUUGACUAUCCACAACUGAAUGCCCCUUCCCCUGAUAUUAUACCAUCCAUUUAUCCUGUUGGGAGUGUGACUGGCUUGGAUGAUUAUGGCUUACACAGUAUAGAAAAUAUGGGUCUCAGAUAUGACCAGACAUUGAAUUAUCCGGGCCAAGUCAGCAACGCCCUGAUCUGUGACACAGAGUCCAUCACUCAUUCUUUCUGCGAUGAAGAUCAUCUGCGCUUCCUUGAUACGGAUCAUCAAGCUCAGAGUAUGAGUUUGGAAUCACAGGCUGAUCUACAAAGUGCAGUUGAUGGCUUCCUCUUAAGACGUUCUACCAUUUGUAAAGCUCAGACGAGAUGGACAAAGCUGUUCAGUGUGCUGAAAUUUUUCUAUAUAAGGAGAGUUGUGGCCAAAAGAACAACUCUUUCAAGAUGUGCCAAUGGGUUGUGAAAUCUGGUUAUUUCGAUAGCAAGUUUAUACUAGUGAGAGCUGCCCAAUUAAGUUUUGCGUGCAGUUGUAGAUGGCAACGAGUUGCAGAUUUCAUCAGAUGUGGAUUCAGCUUAUAGUUCAUAAAAUCUGGGUCUGUUGGCUGCAGAUAAAAACUAAGCGUUAGAUUGUAGGUGUGUAGAUGUGCAUACCGGUACUAGGCUUAGGGUUCUUGCUGUAAAUUUUCAGCUGCUUCGUUUGAAGCUCCAAUGUUCAUGUGAAAACUUAGAUGGUUGGUAGCAGCUGUCAAGUUGGAAUAUCAUUUUGUACAACUGCUUUUUGUUAAAUAAGGCCAGUAUUAUCUUUUAGG